GAUUGUUUUAGUUACUGAAAGGGAAACAAGUUCUGUAGAUUGAAGUGAACAGUAGAUGGAGUUCCUGUCUAGGAAUCCAUAACAAAAAAGAACUCAGCUCUCGUAAAUCCUAAGCACACAAUUGGUAGGCAAUUGGCAGGAAGAGAUCCAGGCUCUAGUCUCUGAUGAACUCCAAGUAGUAAAGUGUCAAUUUUGCUGUCUUCAUUUUCUAUCUCUGUUUGUACUUUGACCCCUCAAAAUUAAUAUUAUUCACCUACAAUAGUAAUAAAAUAUAUGCUUUUCAGGUUCUUAAGCUAAAAGGAGACCAAAAGAAAGCAGGGAAAGUAAAGGAUUCCAAGCAGGGCAAUACCUCAUCACUCUUCAAGAGAGUUAAUUUGGGCAGAAUAAAGUUUCUACUUCUUGCUAGCCACCCCUCUUCAUUGGAUCUCAUUCUUUCUUUUGGUUGGACAUUAUAUUAAAUCUAAUUCUACUUCAUCUACAAUGGGAGGCCUGAUUCAUUAUCUCAUAAGGUCUAUAUGAAAUCUGGAGGUGACAGCUUGAUUCACGCCAACUACCAAGAUAAGUAAUUUUUUAUAUUAUGUGUGCUAUAGAAAAGGACAUGAUUCUCAGUCAUCUUGGUUGUUUAACUUGGGUUCCCUUUUCUAAGGGUUGUAAAGGGCGUAUUUGGUUUCAUAUGGUUUCAAGGCAUUUGAAAUGUCCUAGUUAUGAUCCACUGAAGCUGUUGGACAUCUUGAGGAGCAAAAGAUUGAUGUUCAUAGAUUCAGUGCAGAGAACCAAUUUGAGGCAAUGUCUUCUUUGGUGCAAUCCAUGAUUUCUGAGGAGAAAGAAAAUCUUUUCAUGGAAUUACUUACAUGAAGAUCUUCAAUGCUGAGGUGUAUAAUGCAUCAAUUGAGUACUACUGGGAGCCCUUCAUUCUGGAGUCUAAUUCAAACCAUGCAAAAAAUCAUACUGUCCUGAGACGACUGGUGAACCUUGAUGCCAAAGCCAAAAAUGGCAAGAGCUAGGAAGGAGUUGACAUGAGGGUGUUUGAGAGCUAUGUCAACCUAAGAACUAUGUUAGUUUUUGGGUUCAGUUAUGGAAACUUGGCAAAGUAGUUAAAAUCCAACAUCAAUCCUCUAGUUCAGAGGGUCUUCUUCAUCACUAUGUCCCCAACAGAUCUGUGGAGCUGGGAAUGGAAGCCAGGCAGCUACGACAAACAAAUUGCUUCUGUGAGACAUUUCCAAUGUAAGAAGCAUCAUAUACUGGGUAGCUGGAUCUAGUCUGGUCAUUAGGAAGAGUAGUUCAUGACAUUUUACAAUAACUAAAGAUCAAUAUUCUGGAUUAGAAUAUAAAAGGGAUCUUUGAAUACAUUGUUGAAUAUAGAAGCAUUGGGGACUAAGAACACCAAAAUAGAGACAAGGAAGGAAUGUGCAACCUAUGGUAUCAUGGCAACCUCCUCAAGGAGAUUCCAUUAAGUUCAAUGCUGAUGCAGCAGUAUGACAACGGCAAGGCAUAGCCAUGUUUGGAGUUGUCCUUGGGAAAUGUGACAGCAAAGUUAUAGGAACUGUGCAAAGAACUUGUAGGUUUCAAGGAUCAGUCCUUCAAGCUGAGGUUAUGGCUAUUGAUUUUGCAUUGGAGAGGGGUAGAGAAUUUGGACACAGCAAUGUCAUCAUUGAAUCAAAUUGUGUUGAAGCCAUACAAGUAGCUAUGUCAAACAAUGGUUGUUAUCUUCCUUUGGAGCAAUUGUGGAGGAACUUCGAGCCAAGAAAUUCCAUUUUGUUUCUCUAUGUUUCCAGCAUCAAAAGCGUAGCGUAACUUGCAAGCACAUAAGUUGGCUCAGCUACAAUCCCUUCUCCACCAUGGGAGGGUGUUUGCAAAUAAGGGAAUGUAAAAUCAAGAUAUUUGAUAGAA